AUGCCACGCCCAAUUCUGAAUGAGAAGCCCAGCCGUAACGGCACCAAGGUUAAAGGGAUAUUAAACGAAGCGGUCAAAAAUGGCAUGAGACCAGAGCAGGCUCAGUUUAUCAUGGCCAAAGCCCUUAUGAGUGACAAUCUCAUGGAGAUCUAUGACGCGGUUGACUACAAUAAAACUCCUUACUUCACCCCAUCCUCGGUCCCCACUCACAUUGUGAUGCACAUGGAUACCAAGCCAAAGUUCUUCAUCCCAACAAGCGAGAAGGAGCUGGUAGAGAGAUAUAAAUUCCCUGAAUUCCGUCUCAAACGCCAGAAGGGAAACAAUGUGGUUCCAGGAAACGCUUCUGAUUCAGCGUAUGAGCUCCUGCUGAGCUUCAAUGAGUAUUUUGCGUUAGUCGGCAUGGGUCGGAAAGGAUCGCUGGCAGACCAACUGGGACUGCAGAUGCUAAGGGACCGAAACGGCGAGUACCCCAUGAUGAUUGAGUAUGCAGGGUGCGGCGUUCGCAAUCGCCAGUAUCAAUGGUACACAGAUAUGAUCUAUGAAUAUAAGAAUGCUCCUCAUCUCAUGAUCAAGGCAAUUCAUCAGAUCACGAGAGAUGGCACCGAGAAAUACAUUCUUCAAAGCGAGUUGAUGAUCCUUCUUAGACUCAUUGUGAUGAAAUCGCGUCGGUCUGAAACUCAAUCUCAUGCGAUUAUUCCUGUUCUCUUGAUCUCUAUCCGUCCUCAUCACUAUGUGAUCAUUGAGGCAUACUAUGAUGGCAAAAAUGUUCACGUGAACUACGGUAAACCCAUAGCGAUGUCAGAAGAUAUGCCACCCAAAGAACAGGACAGGAGAAUGAAGUACGUGAUCGGCUGGGCAACAGCCCAGCCCUGUGGGAAAACCGCCAGCUAUAAAGACAGCCCGCAGUAA